CCUCCCCCCUUCCUCUUCGACAAUCCAAGUCAUGUCGUUCUUUCGCAAAUUUGUCCUCUCCCGGAGGACUCUUAAGCCCUAUGUCGCCGAGUUCCUGGGCACAGCUCUCCUGAUCGUGAUCGGCGACGGCGUGGUCGCGCAGUGUCUCCUGUCCGACUAUCAGUACGGCACCUGGCUAUCGAUCAACAUUGCCUGGGCCGCAGCCGUCUGCAUCUCCGGUUACCUGUCCGAUCCCAGUCCCACCAUCAACCCCGCCGUCACCAUCUGUCUAGCACUGGUCCGUCCCACGCCUGGUCAAUGGAAGAAGCUUCCCGGUAAAAUCUGCGCCCAGGUCCUCGGUGGCUUUGUCGGUGCCGCUCUGGUCUACAUCAACUACCGUUCGGCCAUUGAGGCUUGGGAUCCCGAGUAUACCAUCCCCGGAGGAUCGAUCUUGAGUCCCAAGGGUCAUCAUUCGGCCGGUAUCUUCUCGACCUACCCCGCGGCCCAUUUCUCGUCGAACUGGGAGGCCGCGUUCUCCGAGUGGAUCGGUGCUGCGGUUCUCAUGUUCGGGUCCUUGAGUAUCUCCGAUCCCCACAAUGGCGUUCGCUUCCAGUCGCAGCAGGUUUCUGUGUUCUUGCUUAUGACUGCGAUUGGAGCUGCGCUGGGCUGGCAGACCGGCUACGCUAUUAACCCUGCCAGAGAUCUGGGCCCCAGACUUUUCUCGGCCAUCGUGUAUGGAAGAGAGGUCUUUAGCUCGGCCAAUUACUACUUUGUCGUGCCUAUUUUCGCCCCGAUCUUGGGUUGCAUCGUCGGAGCCACUGUUUACGACUCCUUGCUCUACGAGGGCGAUGGUUCUCGCGUCACGGAUGCGCUUGACAAGGCUGAGAACCGCGACGGAACUCUCCGUCUGGACUAGACAAGUCUGUUAUGCAAUUAUGACUGACACGUGCGAACCCAGCCGCAUUGGGAUGGUUAUCCCCGAAUACGUUCAUCGAUAGGGAAUGCUCUUUUGCGAAGGGAUGAUUAUAUAUACACAGACGGAAGCACUCGUAUUUUCAGACGAUUACAUUUGAUUGGCAUGUUUUGUUAGAUAUCUUCGGGUGGCAAGCGAGAAUGAUUUGAGAGAUUGAAUUGUGGACUAGCGAUGUUGUUUUGUGUCUUUUGUUUGAGACAAUUUACAUCAGUGAUAGAUUGUUCUAAUUACCAACAUGUUUCUAG